CACCGCAUUGCAUUGUGGUCGCCGGUGUUCAGAUCGAAACAGAAACAUUUUAGCUCCUCAGCUAAUUGUCGUUUUUCGUGGACGAGGCAUUCACGGAUCAGCUCCUGGUUUCCCAUCACAGCCAUGUCGUCAACCUCCCAAAAGCAUAAAGACUUUGUGGCUGAGCCCAUGGGCGAGAAACCCGUGAAUGCUCUUGCAGGCAUUGGAGAGGUCCUCGGUAAAAGACUGGAGGAAAAGGGUUUCGAUAAGGCGUACGUUGUCCUCGGGCAGUUUCUAGUUCUAAAGAAAGACGAGGAGCUUUUCCGCGACUGGCUGAAAGACUCUUGCGGUGCAAAUGUCAAACAGCAAGGUGACUGCUUCGGCUGCCUUAAGGAGUGGUGUGACGCCUUCCUAUAAACACUCAGCCACCCUUUUCUAUGUUUGAAGUUUAAAAUGUACAUUACCUCUUCAGUGACCUUUAUUCAAUUCAGCUCCAAUGUUUGUAUGAUCUGGCACUGUAUAAACUCACAGUUUUGAUUACGGUAGUAGUUUUAAACCAAUAGUUGUCAAUUCUGUUUCUCCAGUUAAUGAGCAAAGUUGUUAAAUUAGCAAAUUCUAUGGGAGUCGGUGGUGAGAUAUGAUAGUUUUAACUGUUUGCAUUAUAAUAUUCACUAUCUAUAGCCCAUUUUAAUCAAAACAUUUUAACCAAUUUCUUGCAGGAUAAGCUAAAACUAAUAAACAAUGUUUUAUUUACAUGACAGUUAGUAAGUCCUGUUAGUAUGAACGUUUGCAUGGCUGACGCUAAAACUUAGAUAUCACAUGGUUUGGGUAUGUUAUCCCCUUUCUUUCCAGUUUUGGGGCAAACUAUUUACUUUCAUUAUUUCAUAUUGUCAUCUAAAUAGGAUUGUGUAAGGUUGAAAGUUGUGAUUCAUUUAAAUUCAUGGGUCAUCUGGUGUUUGUAAUGUUCUGUCUACCAACUUUUAAUUUUUGUAUCACCCAUCACCCGUUAGUUCAGCACUCGUUUAUUGCAUGCUUUGUGAUGAUUUACCAGAAUCUUUCGAGGACGUGGAGCGUCUGAAGUGUCUUGCAGAAGAUGUAGCUUAUUACUAUUAAACCUGAAUGCUAAAACUCAACUGCAGAGUGAUCCGUGUUUUAAAGAUAUGUUUGUAUUCAAGUUAUUGUUUUUAACUUCCCAUCCUAUGACGGAGGAAGUAAUAUGACAACUCAUACCCGGUCUCCUUUGAGAUUGUUUGGACCUGAAGAUGGAAAUGUAUUUAAAGAUGCCUAUGCAACAAGCUCAAAUACUAUCAGAAAACGAAAUCUCCCGACUUGCAAAUCAAAUCUAUUUGCAAUGGUAUGAAAUCAAAUGAAAAUCAAAUGAAACACCCCACCCUGUUUAUGUCUCCAUAGUUGCUUAGUUUGCUGUUGUCUUUGGCUGGAUUUUUGAAACAUGAGAUGCCUUAAUGCAUGCUGGGUAAACAUUUAAUUACGUCUAAUGAACUACAAGAAUCACCGUAGUGCAAGUACAGGCUGUAUCCCAUAAUGUUACGCUCACAUCAAUUCACCAGCUGUAUGACAAUGUGAUCAACUUGUUCCUCUUAAAACACUGGCUACUGUGUUUUCAUUAGACUGUGAAAUAGGUGCAGCUUUUAUAUUAAUUUUAUUAUAAACAAAUAAAGGGCACGUGACUAAUUUCAA